AGAGAUGUCUAACGAUGCGAUGCUAUGCGAUUCGAUAUGAUUCAUCUGUGCAAACUGUUUUAGUCACUGUCUUGACACCGAACCGAGGAAUUCCUUGGCUGUUGUGUUUUUUUUUUCUCUGUUUUUGUUUCGCUUCUCUUUGUUCUCAGCGACGGAAAAAAGCAAGUAGCAAGUAGCCGCAAAGUGAAGCCGACGAUAAUUCAGUUGAAUUUCGACAUCCACUCGAAAUCAAGGAAUAAAAGAAACGGUGUCGGUUUUCCGUAGUUUUAUUUGCUUUAACACGUCGUUUUUUAUACGGAAGACAUUUGUGCGUGUUUCGCAAAUAGAGAGAGAGGGAGAGAGAGAGAGCGAGGAAACACAGAAAAAAUAGAGCGAAAAAAGUGAAGCGUGCAUUCACAUCCCAACACCAAACAUUGUGACGAAUACACGUACCUACACUUACAAUGUGUACACACAAAAAACAUUUUCAAAUUUCCGACAGUAAAUAAGGAGGGCCUCCGCGUUAAACAAUUUGAACUUUUGACAACCGAUCGAUAAAGGAAUUUAAUAUAAAAAAAUUUUUUAUUUAUUAUUUCGACACGAGAGUUCACUCAGUAUUUUUUCAAUUUGUUUAGUGAAUUGUGUACAUAUAUUGAUGUUGCAGCAUAAAAAAAUUGAAGGAUAGAAAUGGACCGAUAAAAGUUGGAAAAGGGCACAUAUCUCUUUGCAAAUUCGGAAGAAUACACAGAGAAUAAAAGUUGAAAAGUAUGCAUUUGUGCCAAAAAAAAGUUUUGUUUGCGAUAGAUAAAGCGAUCAAACAUCUGUGUCGGAAUGAAAAAAAAAAAAUUGGAAAAAAAAUCACAUCAUCAUUGAAUAUCUGAGUAAUAAUCACAAAUAGCUUUUUUCAGACUUUUGUUUCGCUAUUAUAAUUCCAGUGAGACUGAGAGUCCAUGCGUAAAUCUUGAUAAAUAGACGUGGACACAUAGACAACUCUUGGUCAAUUCAACAACACCAAUCGCAACGUCAAACCAAUAAACCCAUCAUAAGUUUCUUGAAACAACAAAGGACGAACAUAACGAGCUCACGCUCUCCAAUAGAAAGACAACCGGAGGAAUAACGAAUAUUUUGGGAUGUGUCGGGCCGAAAUGGCAAACAAUAAAGACGAAGAAGGCGACGAAGGCGAACUAUUGGAGGAACAAUUGAAAGUGUUCGAUGAGAUAAAGAAGCGCUCAACGUUUCGACAUCGCUUUUUUCGCAUUUGGAAAUCACUGAAGUUACGUUCAGCAUUUGGACAUUUCGGGUUGAUGAUAUCGCUUUCCAUUUAUUGUGUGGUUGGGGGUGUCAUUUUUCGUUCGCUUGAGGCACCAGCCGAAGAGGACCGUACGCAUAAAUUGCACAUGGAUGUGAUGCGUGAACGUGAAUACUUGGUCGGCAACAUAACGAAGCUCACCACUCUCAGUGAUUUACGGAAUUUGGAUAGGGCAAUUUCACUUCAUUUGGAAAAAUACGAAUCAGUAGCCGAAGAUGCAGUGCAGGGAGGCAUAACACUCUCAUCACUCAAUAACAAUGAGACGUUUCCGUAUACAAAAAAAUGGAACAUUGUGCAAGCGAUUUUCUUCUCUUCGACAGUUCUGACUACGAUAGGGUACGGCAAUGUGGCGCCUAUCACACAAGCUGGAAGAGCAUUUUGCAUGGGAUUUGCAUUGAUCGGAAUACCUUUCACACUCACGGUCAUCGCAGAUCUUGGUCGGGUUUUUGCGACGGCCGUUUCAGCCGUCGGGAAAAAACUCCCAUCACUGACAAAAUGCUUCAAAAUAGCAUCGGACUCGACAUCAUCAAAUAAAAAAUGGUUGUACGCGCUGGCUUCUGUGUGUUUCUUGGGCAUAUAUCUUGGAAUUGGUGCUGCUAUUCUGCUGGUGUGGGAAAAGGAUUGGGGCUUCUUCGAGGGAUUCUACUUCUGUUUCAUAACGAUGACAACCAUAGGCUUUGGAGAUCUUUUCCCAGAAAAUCCAACUUAUAUGCUAUGGUGUACUGUCUAUAUUCUCGUCGGUUUGGCAUUAACCAGUACCAUUAUUGAAUUGGUGCGACGACAGUAUGCAGAAAGUUGGCAACGAAUUCAAGACCUUUCUUUUGCUGACACUUUGCGUCGCAUGCAAUUAGGUGGUGGCGGACUGGAUGUAUCAGCACUUCAAAAUGAUAUACGACGCGUUCUAACGGUUUCGCGACGAGGAGCUAUUUCAGGCGCUAGUCCUCAUAAAAAAGAUGACGCUGACAACGACCAAGAAAUCGCUGCGUUGGCUGCAAUCACGGGUGCUAUUAUGGAAGAAGUGAAAAAAUCACAAAUCAAAAACAAACACAAUAUUAUUCAAAUCGUUAUCUAUGAGUCGUCGGUAUAAGGCCAAUGGAUCGCACUCGCUACUAUAGCACAACGUCCAAAAUGUGUUAUUAUUAUAAAUUGUGAAGAGAGAAAAUCUAUAUAUGUUGUCAAAGCCCUACUCAAUGAGCGUUAUUUAUAAACGACACAAUCGGAAUUCGGUGGGAAAAAACACCAAAUACAAACAAAAAAAAAACAAAAACUUCAAUAAAGAACAGAAAAAUAAUUACCAUAGCGAUGCGAUGCGAUGUGAUGUUGCUAGAACUAUAAUGAUUCGAUCUUAAGAGAUUUUUUGAAAAAUGUAAUCGCAUUCAACAUUUCUAUUGUAGUUUACGAGUAUACCAGUCUAGUCAUUUGUAUCGUUCAAACAUUAUUUGUAUCAGACUUUUACAUAAAUUAUUCGUAACACGUGUUAAUACUUCAGCAUAUUUCAUUUCACAAUUUACAUAUGCUAGUCGGUUAGCCGCAAUAAAUUGCCGUUUCUUUAUCUUUUGUUGUGUGUGCGUGUUCGGUUUUUUGUUUGUAGACAAACGUCUCUAUAACACAUUCUAAUGUACACUGUGAAUAAUCGAUUCAAUUACCCAUUUUUAUGCUUUCGAUCUGUUGCUAAUUGAUUCCAAUUAUAUAGUUUUAAUGCUUUAGUUCUGUACGCUUAUUUCGUUUAUGGAAUAAUACUUACAGCAGGUUAAUCUUGCUAGACCAUGACUUAUGUCUACUUUGUUUCAUAUUCCCAAUGUAAUUUUCCUAAAAGAAAGGAAAAAAAAAAAUAAAUGUACGUCAUUAUCAUGACGGAAUUUACUUCAUUUCUGGCAUUUUAUUUUUGAGUUAGUUGUUGUUGCUUCCAUUCUUUUCGUUCAUUAGUUCGUGUGCUAUCUCACAUACCAUUUUUUUUUUCUUUUGCGGUGUGUUUCGAAUAUGUGUCUCUAUUUGGAUAACACGCUUUUGAUGGAUUCAAGUGAAAUAUCUGGUUUAGUAUUUACGUGUUUUGCCUUCUUUGAAAUUCCGUUCGUUUGGUCUGUCUAUACGCUUCCGCUACAAAUGUAUUCGAAGAAGCCAGUUAUUCUUCGUAUUUGGGAGUUUUUAUCAAAUGUUUUGUCAAUAAUAAAUGAGCGGCAUUUUUUUUCCCGUUGUUUUUGGCUGACAAACUAUCAUCAUCAUCAUCAUCACCAUCAAAGCAACAUAACUUACUCAACAAACAUCAAACAAAUCAAACAAAUCAAAAUUAAUUUAAUUAAAUACACAAACGUUAAUCACGUCAA